AUGUCAGACACUGAACAAAAUUUAGAUGCUGGUGCGGUAGCGCCCUCACCAGACAAUGCAAUGUUAUUCAACAUGUUUUCCGAACUACAAAAAAGUAUGGUAGAAACCACACAAUUUUUAAGUGAACUACGCGCUGAACGCGCGUCAAAGACAGUCGAUUCAGAAGAAUCGCAAACGCCAGUCCCAGAGGAGGACACCACGCCAGCUUCAGAGGAAGCAAAUACCGAUACGCCAGCUUCAGAAGAAGUUCAUACGCCAGCUUCAGAGGAAGCUAGUCCAUCUGACCAAAGGGUCGUAAAUGAUGAUACAUUAAGCAUUCUUGGCGGCGAUGAUUUUGACGAUAAUGAGGACCUUUUAGAUGAAAUUGAUGAAUCGUUACGGCCGUCAGACUCUAUAGGCCCACCGAUACAUGAAAAAAUCGCAAAAAUUGUAAACGACAAAUUUUCAUCAGAUCUCGGACUAGAGAAACGUAAGGAGAUAUUUGAAAAAUAUAAAACACCUGAAAAUUGUCCAAAGCUUUUUGUACCAAAGGUUAAUGAACCUAUUUGGACGAGCCUCAAAGCUUUUCACCGACAGCGUGACUUACGCACAGCAGUCUUACAAGACUCUAUUGUUCGAGUAUCAAGCGCACUUUCUGUUACUGUUGACGAGCUACUAAAAUGUAGAGAAAACAAGACAUUGCCUGAUUAUCGUACUGUUGCCUCACGUCUUUUUGAUUCAAUUGCGCUUUUGGGCCAUGUUAAUACGGAAUUAUCCUAUAAAAGACGGGAUUCACUACGCCCAUUACUCAGUAACGAAUUAAAGCCUGCUUGUCACCGAUCGAACAAACCCGAGAAAUUUCUUUUUGGUGACGAUCUGAGCAAAUCAGUCAAUGAGGCUAAAUUGCAUGGGAAAUUCUUGCUGCGUGAUUCAUUCCCGCGCCAACGGUUUAUGCCUUAUCCAAACCAAAAAAGGCAACAUUUUUUACCAAAAAGGGGGAGGGGUCAAUUUCCUCCCCAGCAAACAUUCCGUCCGUUCCGAAGCCAACAACAGAAGAGUCAUUUCCGUCAAUAA